GGGCAAAGUGACACCUGCAGGAGAACCAGAUAUAAAGACACAAACAUGACUUACUCCUCCGCAUCUCACCUCACCUAGUCCGCGCGUCUUCAGCCGUUAACCGUCUAAACUACCGGAGGACCGAGCUCUGAGUUGAGAAUCUAUGUCAUCCGUGGCUGGAUGGACAAGGCAAAGGAAUUCAAAUGGAAGUUCCUCCCCCUCUUCAUUGUUACCUCCAUCUUCAUCCUCUUUAUCAAUGUGAGAAUACCCAGGACGACGUACAGCGCCGUCCCAAAGCCGCGUGAUGGUCUGAAAAAUUGCCCCUUUCGGAUCUCUGAGCGGACCAUCACCCCCCUCAACAAUACCAAGCACCUACUGGUGUCAGCCUACAUGGACCAGAGAGUGAAGGGCUUUGAUAUACGCAUCAUUGGUAUAUUUAGGAGAGACUCCAUCCAACCUCUUUACUGUAUUUUCUGCUGUGCAGGUCACUUAUCAAUUACAAAACCUCCAGCAACAAUUUUACAACACUCUGACAACUUUGGUUUUCCCUUCGCCACAACGGAUGUCAUGUGUCAGAUUCCUCAAAACUGCAACGCUACACAUGUCAGUCUCUUGACUCAACCAGGCAGAGAAAAUGUAUUUAACCAGAUGUGGCUUCCUAUCAGAAACCAGAAGACCAAAGGGAAGGAGGAGAAAAAGUUUCAGUUUGACUUCACAGUCUGCGUCUCCAACCUGUUUGGAGACUACAACAAUGUGCUUCAGUUUGCACAGACCCUGGAGAUGUACAGGUUGCUGGGUGUGAACAGGGUGGUGAUCUAUAACACCAGCUGUGGCCCAGACCUGGACCGCCUGCUGCAGAGCUACAGCCAGGAGGGCUUCGUGGAGAUGGUCCCCUGGCCCAUCGACCAGUAUCUGAAUCCAUCUCGUGGCUGGCUCUUCUCAGAGCAUGGAGGGGACGUACACUACUUUGGCCAGCUGACCACGCUUAAUGAGUGCAUUUACAGAUCCAUGGACCGCUCACGCUACGUCCUGUUGAACGACAUCGACGAGAUCAUAAUGCCGUACCAACACAACAACCUGAUGUCUCUGAUGGACAUGCUCCAACAGCAGCAUCCAAAUACAGGAGUGUUCCUCAUUGAGAACCAUAUCUUCCCUAAGAAACAUUUUGAGCCAAGUGGGAGGUUUCACCUGCCUCAGUGGAACAUGGUGCCGGGCGUUAAUAUUCUGGAGCACAUCUACAGGGAGGACCCCGACAGACACAUAUAUCACCCACACAAGAUGAUAGUUCGGCCAAGGUUGGUGGAGCAGACUUCAGUGCAUGAAGUGCUCAAGACUUUUGGAGAAAAGUUCAAGGUGCCAAUGGACGUUUGUCGGAUCGUUCAUGUCCGCGUGCCUCUGCGGGGGUCGUUAACGCUGCAGCAGCUCAAUGAGGACAAACGACUGUGGGACUUCCAAGAAAAACUGAUUCCCAAUGUGGACAAAGUACUGAGGAGAGCGGGGCUGCUGGGCUCAGAGGGUCAGAGCUGAUGGAUGGGAUGGACUGACACAUGCUGAACAGGUUGAAUGUUGUUGUUGUUGCCUUAUUUUGCACUUAGGGGGCCACCAUACUCCCUGCCCUCAGCAAUAGCUGCCACAAUAGUGGUGGUGCUGAUGAUAAGAACUAGACUGAAUUUAAUGCUGCUCAGGUAUCAAUAUAAACUCGGAAAAAAAAGUUUGCAAA